AUGGAGAAACAAACCGUGAAAGUUUUGAAAGCUCUCGCCAAAGAGCGAGGUAUCAAAGGAUACUAUAAAUUACGUAAAGCCGAACUCAUCGAAGUGCUGGAUAAUACAUCACCACCACCACCACCACGUAAUAUUGUCUCUAACACAUCAUCGAGUAUUCUUGAUGAACCGAUACCUGAGAUUAAUGUCCCCAUUCUCAAACCUUCCCAACCAAAACUAAAUUCACAUGUCUCAUCACUGAGAGAUUUAGCAGGUAGAGUUGCAAACCCAGUCAAGAAAGAAUUGAAUAAGUUUGCGGAUUGGAUUUUGUCCCUUGUUCCCGAGCCAAUUAAAAGAACCGUAAAUAAACGAGUGGACAGUCUAAAGGAAAAGGUGAACGACCUAUUCAAGAGACUUAACCACUUUACACCCAAAGAACAACAAACGGCGUUGCGAGGGUAUCUAAAAACCUAUAGGAUAGAUGGACAGAAAGGGUAUGACCCCAAGACGUUCAUCAGUAACAUCGAACCGAAAAUUAUGGAUCUUAUCAAGCAGCGGAAGAAACCUAUCAAGGUUAAGUUUAUCUUUACCUGUAAAUUCAUAAAAGAGAAUCCAGCUACUGGUCAGAUUGAUGAAAAUUCAGGAUACUUUCAUUCAUUUGUAGAAAUCAUAACUGAGACAACCGAUUUUUCUGACUCAUUUAAUACAAUGACAAAUCGCAUACUUGAAUCGAUUGACCAAUUUCAAAACCGAUGCUCUGGGUGGCAGUUUAAUCAGGUUGAAUACUUUGAUAUUAACAUCAACCCUUUUAAUCCGUUAUCUGGAAGCUCAUAUAUUAAACUACCAGCAUCCAAGCAAGCAAUAAUUAACGUUAAGAACGAGAGGGAUUAUGAUUGUUUUAAGUGGGCGGUAACGUCUGCUAUGUUUCCUAAGAAAAAGGAUCCUCAAAGACUAAAUAAACAACUGAGAGAAAACUCCAUGAAGUUUGACUGGACAGGUAUAGAGUUUCCCGUCUCACUAAAACAGAUUGAUAAGUUUGAAAAGCAAAACCCCUAUGCAAUUAACGUCUUCGGAUAUGAAGGUAAUGUAUACCCUCUAAAAAUAAGUAAGAAACAUGAAUCGGUAGAGCAAUCUCAUGUGAUCAACUUACUUCUCAUAUCAAACGAUGAGACAAAUCACUACUGCUGGAUAAAAGACAUGAGUAGACUUUUAGCCUCUGAGAUUAACAAUCAUAAAUCGAAAAGGCACUUUUGCUAUAGAUGUCUUAACUCAUUCCAGUCAAAGACCGCCUUAGAAAAACAUCUCGAAUACUGCUCUAACAAUGAAGAAGUCAAGACUGAAAUGCCUAAAGAUAAAGAAGGCAACCCUCUUUAUUUAGCUUUUAAGAAUUUCAACAGAAAAAUGAGAGUCCCCUUCGUUGUCUACGCCGAUUUUGAAAGUUUCACAGAGAAUAUAUCAACCUGUUCCCCAGAUGAAAGUAAAAGCUUUACUAAUCAAUACCAGAAGCAUAAACCAUCAGGCUACUGCUAUCUCAUCAAGUGCUUUGACGAGAGCAUAUUUCCAUCAAUGCUUGUACGACACACAGCUGAAUCCCCAGACGAAGAUAUCCCACAGCUUUUUAUAGAAAAUUUAGAGUCAGACAUUAAGAAGAUUUACAACAAAUUUAAAUUCCCUAAGAAUGUAAAACUGAGUAAUAUAGAUAAAAUCACUUAUAACAAAGCCACUCACUGUCACAUCUGUGAUGGUAAAUUAGGAGAAGACAAAGUUUUAGAUCACUGCCACAUUACAGGAAAGUAUAGAGGUGCAGCUCACAAUAAAUGUAACCUUCAAUUUAGAAUUCCAAAGUUCUUCCCAGUCAUCUUUCAUAAUCUAUCUGGAUACGACAGUCAUCUUUUCAUUAAGAACCUUGGUACAUCAAAAGGUAAAAUAAAUUGUAUACCGAACAAUGAGGAAAAAUAUAUUAGUUUUACAAAAAAGCUUAUAGUAGACAUAUUUACAAACAAAGAAGGUAAGCAGGUUGAAGUUACUCGGGACAUAAGAUUCAUUGAUAGCUUUAAAUUUAUGUCAACCAGUCUUGAAAGUCUAGUAAGUAAUAUGUCAAAAGAAUCUUUCAAAAACCUCACAAGUUACUAUGAAGGAGAACAAUUACAACUGUUGUUAAGAAAGGGUGUUUUUCCAUACGAUUGGUUUGGGGACUUUGACAAACUCAACGCAAACCAACUUCCACCAAAAGAAGCGUUCUACUCCAGACUCAACGACACUGACAUAUCAGAGGAAGAUUAUCAACACGCUAAAAAGGUAUGGGAAGCCUUUGAUAUGAAAACCAUGAGGGAUUACCAUGAUCUCUAUCUUGAGUCGGAUGUACUCCUCUUAUCCGAUGUAUUCGAAAACUUCAGAAAUGUUUGUCUUGAGAACUAUGGUCUAGACCCAGCCUGGUAUUACACAGCGCCAGGUCUUGCAUGGGAUGCUGCUUUGAAAAUUACCAAAGUGAAUCUAGAGUUGCUGACAGACUAUGACAUGCUUCUCAUGGUUGAGAAAGGUAAACGAGGGGGUGUUUCUAUGAUAUCUACUAGAUAUGGUAAAGCUAACAACCCGUACAUGAACAAAUAUGACCACAACCAACCCACUAAAUAUAUCACAUAUCUUGAUGCAAACAACCUAUAUGGUUGGGCAAUGAGUAAACCUCUACCAACUCAUGGGUUUAGAUGGAUGACUGACCAAGAUCUAACAGAUUGGAAAAAACAUUCAUGCAUCCUAGAGGUCGAUCUGGAAUACCCUUGUCAUCUACAUGACUUGCAUAACGACUACCCAUUAGCUCCAGAGAGCAUAAUAGUCGAUAAGGUUGAAAAGUUAAUCCCAAACCUAAACAAUAAGACACAGUACGUAGUUCAUCACGAGACCCUGAAACUUUACAUAAGUCUUGGACUGAAAGUUACCAAGAUUCAUAGAGGCAUCACAUUCGAAGAAUCUCCUUGGCUAAAACCAUACAUCGACUUGAAUACCAACCUAAGGGCAAACGCAGCCAACGAUUUUGAGAAAGACUUUUUCAAGUUGAUGAACAACUCUGUCUAUGGAAAAACCAUGGAAAAUAUCAGAAACAGAGUAGACAUUCGAUUGGUUACGAAUGAAAAAGAUGCAAAAAAGUUAAUAACAAAGCCAAACUAUCAGCACCGAACCAUCUUUUGCGAGAAUCUAGUUGCUAUUCACAUGAAGAAAACAAAGUUAGUCUUCAAUAAACCCGUUUACUUAGGCAUGUCCAUUCUGGAUCUAAGUAAGACGUUAAUGUAUGAUUUUCAUUACAAUUACAUCAAGCCUAAAUAUGGUGAAAAGGCAAAGCUCUUAUUUACCGAUACAGACUCUCUUGCCUAUGAAAUUGAAACAGAAGAUUUUUACAAGGACAUUAACCCCGAUGUGAAAUCUAUGUUUGACACAAGCAACUAUUCAAAGGAUCAUCCGUCUUGUAUUGAGACAGGUGUGAACAAGAAAGUCAUCGGUAAGUUUAAAGACGAGGCUGGCGGCAAACAGAUAACCGAAUUUGUAGGUCUGCGAGCCAAGCUCUACGCAUACAAAAUGGAUGAUGAAGGAGAAGAAGAAAAGAAAUGUAAGGGUGUGAAGAGAGCGGUCGUUAAGAAGUGCAUCAGUUUCAAUGAUUACAAAGAUUGUCUAUUCAAUGAACAGCCACAGAUGAGGGAAAUGAAUGUUAUUAGAAGCCAUAAACACGAAGUUUACACUGAAACGGUUAACAAGGUCGCCCUAUCGCAUGAGGAUGACAAGCGAAUCAUUUGUGAUGAUGGUAUAAAAACGUUUGCUCAUGGACAUUAUUCUAACACAGAAUUAGGGGGUAACUCAGUAUCUUCAGUAACGAUUUGA